UUUCUCCAUGUUCUUACAGUGUCUUGCUGUAUGAAUCGUGGCUUUACUUCAACUUUACAAGAGAUGACGUCUCUGCAAUUCUUCCCUCCGUCGUCAUCAUUAUCUUCCCGGAGAGACCCCAAUUUAGUCCUUGUCCAACGCUUGAAACGCAUUGAAAACCCCAGUUUUAUUGUCUUCAAUCUCUACCCCAUUUCUAGAACCCCUCAUUUCAGUAAAAAAUUAACCCUUCCCUUCGAAAACCCUAAUUUUCAAGGGUUUAAGCCCAUAAACUCCAGAACCCGCUUGCAGAGACUAAAUUGCAAUGGGUUCAAAGACUCCAGUGAAGAAACCAAAGCAGUUCUGGACGAGGAAGGCGGCGACGGCGGCGGAGAUGGAGGAGAUGAUGCCCAGACGGAGAAGAAGGAUGCAAAGGUCGGGAUUUUACCGGAAUGGGUGAAUUUGACGUCUGACGAUGCAAAAACGGUUUUUGCGGCACUGGCGAUAUCGUUUGCGUUUCGGUCGUUUGUGGCUGAACCUAGAUUCAUUCCUUCAUUGUCAAUGUACCCUACAUUUGAUGUUGGAGAUAGAAUUGUUGCAGAAAAGGUUUCAUACUAUUUCAGAAAGCCUUGUGCUAAUGAUAUAGUGAUUUUUAAAAGCCCACCAGUCCUUCAAGAAGUAGGAUAUACUGAUGAAGAUGUAUUCAUUAAAAGAAUUGUUGCUAAAGAAGGUGAUACUGUGGAGGUUCGUGAAGGGAAGUUAAUUGUAAACGGAGUAGUGAGAAAUGAAAAUUUCAUCUUUGAACCACCUUCUUACAGCAUGACACCAAUUCGUGUACCAGAGAACGCGGUUUUUGUGAUGGGUGACAAUCGUAAUAAUAGCUAUGAUUCACAUGUCUGGGGCCCUCUGCCUGCCAAAAAUAUAUUAGGAAGAUCAAUCUUUCGGUAUUGGCCUCCAAACCGAAUUGGUGGCACAGUUUCUGAUGCUGGUUGUGCUGUUGACAAGCAAGAGAGUAGUCCAGCAUUAAGUGAUCCAGCAUCAUCGAGCAAUCCAACAUUGAGCGUUCCCAUAUCAAGCAGUUCAACACCUUGAUAAAAUCCCAGCAGAUUGAUUCCACUCUGCAGUGUCAAGGUGCAUCAUUGGGUGCUGAUGCCAGGUUUUUCUAUUAUUCCCUCUUUGAGUUUUUUUGUAUCUCACAUCACUGUGUUCAUUUAUGAGAAGCAAAGAGGCCAUUCCAAUACCUGGGCCAAAUUUUUUAAGGUCCCUUUGUUAUUUUAAGGUAGUUGUAGAUUGACCCUUGUAUUAUUUGAUACGCAAUCUCUUUUAUUUUAAGAAAUGGUAAUACUCUCCUAUUGACAAAUAUGAAUUCAAAUGAUGUUUUCUUAUCCA